CACAUUGGAGCAGCAGCCGACAAACACCAGAAGAACGGCGAAUACCGUGUUCAUGGCUGCUCACUUCAGGGACCGAUUUAGUGUUGGGAAAUGUUGCUUUCCUCGAUGGUAAAUGGCAUGGUGUCCGGACAACAAGCUGCUAUUUCAAUCCACUUGCCUGUUUCAACACCGACUCCGGCAAACACGUCCCUUUGGUGUCGCCUUUCCGGUUGAUGACGGGAGUUGGAGUUUCUUUUGGAAAACAAUAAAUUGGUAUGGGGCUGACAGGCUUCGGGGUGUUUUUCCUCUUCUUCGGGAUGAUGCUCUUCUUCGACAAAGCUCUCCUGGCCAUUGGAAAUAUUCUGUUUGUCUCGGGUUUGUCCUUUGUCAUCGGCCUGGAGAGAACAUUCAGAUUCUUCUUCCAGAGGCAUAAAGCCAAAGCCACCAGCUUCUUCCUGGGAGGAGUGUUUGUCGUUCUGAUCGGCUGGCCCAUCAUUGGCGUCGUUCUUGAGAUCUACGGCUUCUUCCUCUUAUUUAGGGGAUUCUUCCCGGUUGCGGUGGGCUUCAUCAGACGGGUACCGGUGCUGGGCUCCUUGCUUAGCCUACCAGGGAUCAGAAAUCUGGUGGAUAAAAUCGGAGAAAGCAACAACAUGGUAUAACCUCAGCAUUCUUUCAUUUUCCUAUUUAUCUCGUUUGUCCAUAUGUGGUCAUUGCCACUCCGGAACAGCAUUUUUUUUCUAUGAGGAGGAAACGGUUUUGUUUUUUUGUUUUACCUGUCUGUGGACUUCCUGUCUUCUAUUGAUGGACUGGGGACCAAUGGACUGAUGGAACCAAGACGUCCAGAACUUUGUAUGCGUCCAUGUUCUGUGCCUGGACACAAAACAAUUAUCUGUGAGACAACACUAGCCAGUGAAAACCAAACCUUUUUUUAUUUUUGGUUCAAAAAUAACUUGUGUUGCUUUUCAUUGGAAAGUGGUAAAAAGUUAAGUUGAAUUCAUGUCAUCAACAAGCUCUGUCAUUUUUCUAAGUACAUUCUUGAAAUAAAUUGUCUUUUUAAAAAAAAAACAC